CAGGCGGGCGGGGAUGGUGUGCGGGGCUGCGGCUCCUGCGUCCCUCCCAACAGCGUGUGAGCUGCACUGAUUUGUGCCUGGGGCGGCAGCGCGGACCCGCCCGGAGAUGAGGUGUAGAUGGACACAACACAAUGCCUUUAUUUUUAUGUGGUGCUGAGGAUCGAAUCUGGGUCCUGCCCGUGCAAGGCCCCAAUUAGCAAGGCAAAAGUAACAGAACCAUGGCUCAGUUUCCAACACCUUUUGGUGGCAGCCUGGAUAUCUGGGCCAUAACUGUUGAGGAAAGAGCGAAGCAUGAUCAGCAGUUCCAUAGUUUAAAGCCGAUAUCUGGAUUUAUUACUGGUGAUCAAGCAAGGAACUUUUUUUUUCAAUCUGGAUUACCUCAGCCUGUUUUAGCACAGAUAUGGGCACUAGCUGACAUGAAUAAUGAUGGAAGAAUGGAUCAAGUGGAGUUUUCCAUAGCUAUGAAGCUUAUCAAACUGAAGCUUCAAGGAUAUCAGCUCCCCUCUGCACUUCCCCCUGUGAUGAAACAGCAACCAGUUGCUAUUUCUAGUGCACCAGCAUUUGGUAUAGGAGGUAUCGCCAGCAUGCCACCGCUUACUGCUGUUGCUCCAGUGCCAAUGGGAUCCAUCCCAGUUGUUGGAAUGUCUCCACCCUUAGUAUCUUCUGUUCCUCCAACAGCAGUGCCUCCCCUAGCUAACGGGGCUCCCCCUGUCAUACAGCCUCUGCCUGCAUUUGCUCAUCCUGCAGCCACAUUGCCAAAGAGUUCUUCCUUCAGUAGAUCUGGUCCAGGAUCACAGUUAAGCACUAAAUUACAGAAGGCACAAUCAUUUGAUGUGGCCAGUGUCCCUCCAGCAGCAGAAUGGGCUGUUCCUCAGUCAUCGAGAUUGAAAUACAGGCAGUUAUUCAAUAGUCAUGACAAAACUAUGAGUGGACACUUAACAGGUCCCCAAGCAAGAACUAUUCUUAUGCAAUCGAGUUUACCACAGGCUCAGCUGGCUUCAAUAUGGAAUCUUUCUGACAUUGAUCAAGAUGGAAAACUCACAGCAGAAGAAUUUAUCCUGGCUAUGCACCUAAUUGAUGUUGCUAUGUCUGGCCAACCACUGCCACCUGUCCUGCCUCCAGAAUACAUUCCACCUUCCUUUAGAAGAGUUCGAUCAGGCAGUGGAAUAUCUGUUAUAAGCUCAACAUCUGUAGAUCAGAGGUUACCAGAGGAACCAGCUUUAGAAGAUGAACAGCAACAAUUAGAAAAGAAAUUACCUGUAACAUUUGAAGAUAAGAAGCGGGAAAAUUUUGAACGUGGCAAUCUAGAACUGGAGAAACGCAGACAAGCUCUCUUGGAACAGCAGCGCAAAGAGCAAGAACGCUUGGCUCAGCUGGAACGGGCCGAGCAGGAGAGGAAAGAGCGGGAGCGCCAGGAGCAAGAGCGCAAAAGACAACUGGAGCUGGAGAAGCAACUGGAAAAGCAACGGGAACUGGAACGGCAGAGAGAGGAGGAGAGGAGGAAAGAGAUUGAGAGGCGAGAGGCUGCGAAACGGGAACUUGAGAGACAACGACAACUUGAAUGGGAACGGAACCGAAGGCAAGAACUUUUAAAUCAAAGAAAUAAAGAACAAGAGGACAUAGUUGUAUUGAAAGCAAAGAAAAAGACUUUGGAAUUUGAAUUAGAAGCUCUAAAUGAUAAAAAGCAUCAAUUAGAAGGAAAACUUCAAGAUAUCAGAUGUCGAUUAACCACCCAAAGGCAAGAAAUUGAGAGUACAAACAAAUCUAGAGAGUUGAGAAUUGCUGAAAUCACCCAUUUGCAGCAACAGUUACAGGAAUCUCAGCAAAUGCUUGGAAGACUUAUUCCAGAAAAACAGAUACUUAACGACCAAUUAAAACAAGUUCAGCAGAAUAGUUUGCACAGAGAUUCACUUCUUACACUCAAAAGAGCCUUAGAAGCAAAAGAACUAGCUCGGCAGCAGCUACGAGACCAACUGGAUGAGGUGGAGAAAGAAACUAGGUCAAAACUGCAGGAGAUUGAUAUUUUCAAUAACCAGCUGAAGGAACUAAGAGAAAUACAUAAUAAGCAGCAACUGCAGAAGCAAAAGUCCAUAGAGGCUGAACGACUGAAACAGAAAGAACAGGAACGAAAGAUCCUAGAAUUAGAAAAGCAAAAAGAAGAAGCCCAAAGACGAGCUCAGGAAAGGGACAAACAGUGGCUGGAGCAUGUGCAGCAGGAGGAUGAGCAUCAGCGGCCAAGAAAACUCCACGAGGAAGAUAAACUAAAAAGGGAAGACAGUGUCAAAAAGAAGGAUGGCGAGGAAAAAGGCAAACAGGAAGCACAAGACAAACUGAGUCGGCUUUUCCAUCCACACCAAGAACUAGCUAAGCCAGCUGUUCAAGCACCCUGGUCCACUGCAGAAAAAGGCCCGCUUACAAUUUCUGCACAGGAGAAUGUAAAAGUGGUGUAUUACCGAGCACUGUAUCCCUUUGAAUCCAGAAGUCAUGACGAAAUCACCAUCCAGCCUGGAGAUAUAGUCAUGGUUAAAGGGGAAUGGGUGGAUGAAAGCCAAACUGGAGAACCCGGAUGGCUUGGAGGAGAAUUAAAAGGAAAAACAGGAUGGUUCCCUGCAAACUAUGCAGAGAAGAUUCCAGAAAAUGAGAUUCCUGCUCCAGCCAAACCAGUGACUGAUCCAACAUCUGCCCCUGCCCCCAAACUGGCUCUGCGUGAGACCCCCGCUCCUUUGGCAGUGACCUCUUCUGAGCCCUCCACAACCCCCAACAACUGGGCUGACUUCAGCUCUACGUGGCCCACCAGCACAAACGAGAAACCAGAAACGGAUAACUGGGAUGCUUGGGCAGCCCAGCCUUCUCUUACUGUACCCAGUGCUGGCCAGUUAAGGCAGAGAUCAGCCUUUACUCCAGCCACGGCCACUGGCUCCUCCCCAUCUCCUGUACUGGGACAGGGUGAAAAGGUGGAGGGGCUACAAGCGCAAGCCCUGUAUCCUUGGAGAGCCAAAAAAGACAACCAUUUAAAUUUUAACAAAAAUGAUGUCAUCACCGUCCUGGAACAGCAAGACAUGUGGUGGUUUGGAGAAGUUCAAGGUCAGAAGGGUUGGUUCCCCAAGUCUUACGUGAAACUCAUUUCAGGGCCCAUAAGGAAAUCUACAAGCAUGGAUUCUGGUUCUUCAGAGAGUCCUGCUAGUCUGAAGAGAGUAGCUUCACCUGCUGCUAAACCAGCUGUUUCAGGAGAAGAAUUUAUUGCCAUGUACACUUACGAGAGUUCUGAGCAAGGAGAUUUAACCUUUCAGCAAGGGGAUGUGAUUUUGGUUACCAAGAAAGAUGGUGACUGGUGGACGGGAACAGUGGGCGACAAGUCCGGAGUCUUCCCUUCUAACUAUGUGAGGCUUAAAGAUUCAGAGGGCUCUGGAACUGCUGGAAAAACAGGGAAUUUAGGAAAAAAACCUGAAAUUGCUCAAGUUAUUGCUUCAUAUACCGCCACUGGUCCUGAGCAACUUACCUUGGCCCCUGGUCAGCUAAUUUUGAUUCGAAAAAAGAACCCAGGUGGAUGGUGGGAAGGAGAGCUGCAAGCACGUGGGAAGAAACGCCAGAUAGGCUGGUUCCCAGCUAAUUAUGUCAAACUUCUAAGCCCUGGGACAAGCAAAAUCACUCCGACAGAGCUGCCCAAGUCAGCGGCAUUGCCGGCAGUGUGCCAGGUGAUCGGGAUGUACGAUUACACUGCGCAGAAUGACGACGAGCUGGCCUUCAACAAGGGCCAGAUCAUCAACGUCCUCAACAAGGAGGACCCCGACUGGUGGAAAGGGGAAGUCAAUGGACAAGUGGGGCUCUUCCCAUCCAACUAUGUGAAGCUGACCACAGACAUGGACCCAAGCCAGCAAUGGUGUUCAGACUUACAUCUCUUGGAUAUGUUGACCCCCACUGAACGAAAGCGACAAGGGUAUAUCCACGAACUCAUUGUCACAGAGGAGAACUACGUGAAUGACCUCCAGCUGGUCACAGAGAUCUUUCAGAAACCCCUGAUGGAGUCUGAGCUGCUGACAGAAAAAGAGGUUGCUAUGAUUUUUGUUAACUGGAAGGAGCUGAUUAUGUGUAAUAUCAAACUUCUGAAAGCGCUGAGAGUCCGCAAGAAGAUGUCUGGGGAGAAGAUGCCCGUGAAGAUGAUCGGGGACAUCCUGAGUGCCCAGCUGCCCCACAUGCAGCCCUACAUCCGCUUCUGCAGCUGCCAGCUCAACGGGGCUGCCCUGAUCCAGCAGAAGACGGACGAGGCCCCAGACUUCAAGGAGUUUGUGAAAAGAUUGGCAAUGGACCCUCGCUGUAAAGGGAUGCCACUGUCUAGUUUUAUACUGAAGCCUAUGCAGCGGGUAACAAGAUACCCACUGAUCAUUAAAAAUAUCCUGGAGAACACUCCUGAAAACCACCCUGACCACAGCCACUUGAAACAUGCCCUGGAGAAGGCCGAAGAGCUGUGUUCCCAAGUGAAUGAGGGGGUGCGCGAGAAGGAGAACUCGGACCGGCUGGAGUGGAUCCAAGCCCAUGUGCAGUGUGAAGGCCUGUCGGAGCAACUGGUGUUCAAUUCAGUGACCAAUUGCUUGGGGCCACGCAAGUUCCUGCACAGUGGGAAGCUGUACAAGGCCAAGAGCAACAAGGAACUGUACGGCUUCCUUUUCAAUGACUUCCUCCUGCUGACCCAAAUCACCAAGCCCUUGGGGUCUUCCGGCUCGGACAAAGUCUUCAGCCCCAAGUCUAACCUGCAAUAUAAAAUGUACAAAACACCUAUUUUCCUAAACGAGGUUCUAGUAAAAUUACCCACUGACCCUUCUGGAGAUGAACCCAUCUUCCACAUUUCCCACAUCGACCGAGUCUACACCCUCCGAGCAGAAAGCAUAAAUGAACGGACUGCCUGGGUGCAGAAAAUCAAAGCUGCUUCUGAGCUCUACAUAGAGACUGAGAAAAAGAAGAGAGAGAAGGCGUACCUUGUCCGUUCCCAAAGGGCAACAGGCAUUGGAAGGUUGAUGGUGAACGUUGUGGAAGGCAUUGAGUUGAAGCCCUGCCGGUCACACGGAAAGAGCAACCCAUACUGCGAGGUGACCAUGGGCUCCCAGUGCCACAUCACCAAGACAAUCCAGGACACUCUGAACCCCAAGUGGAAUUCCAACUGCCAGUUCUUCAUCAGAGACCUGGAACAGGAGGUCCUGUGCAUCACCGUGUUCGAGAGGGACCAGUUCUCACCAGACGAUUUUUUGGGUCGGACCGAGAUCCGUGUAGCUGACAUCAAGAAAGACCAGGGUUCCAAGGGGCCAGUGACGAAGUGUCUGCUGCUGCACGAGGUCCCCACGGGAGAGAUUGUGGUCCGCCUGGAUCUGCAGUUGUUUGAUGAGCCGUAAGGAGCGGCCUGGGCCACGCUCAGAGGCUGCACCUGCUGUCUGCAAAUUGUGUUCUUUUUCUAAAAAAUUAUUAUUUGGAGUUUAGCCACAGGACAAUGGGACAGCAAAGAAGGGCCCCUCCAAUCUAGGAAUAAUUCUCGACAAUCCUGCUCCUUGAACAGUUUCUCAUUUUAUGAAAAAAAGCACUGUUUUCCUUCCUCCUCACUGUGGGUCUCACUGUGGCUUCUAGGGUCUCUGAAUCUUCUAACCCUCAAGAAGGUUGGAUUGGAACCUGGCCCAUCCUUGGACUCGUGGCAUGGGCCUGGUUACUGUAGAGUAGAUUCCUAAAUGCAGUGUCGGUUUUCUUGGAGAACUUGUGUGACCUCCUAAUUCUCAUGUCCAUCAGCCCCUUCGUAGACUCCUUGGCCUAUACCGCCCAGGCCUUGGUGUGUUUAGAAACAAUUAUGAGCUGGGCCUGGUGGUGCGCGCCUGUAAUCCCAGCAGCUUGGGAGGCUGAGGCAGGAGGAUCACGAGUUCAAAGCCAGCCUUGGCAACUUAAUGAGGCUCUAGGCAGCAAGACCCUGUCUCCAAAUAAAAUAUAAAUAAAAGGCUGGGGAUAUGGCUUAGUGGUUGAGUGCCCCUGGGUUCAAUCCCUAGUACAAAAAAGAAAGAAAGAAAGAAACAAUUAGGAUGGAUUUGUAUGGCUUCAGAAUCUCAUUCCCCUGCAGGGAAAUGCUCUCUGGGAUCUAUUGCUCUGUGUGAUAGUCUCCUAAUUGAACUCUAACUAAGCUCUUUGAAGAGCUAGUCCCUGGAAGAUUCCAGCAUGUCUGCUGUUCCAGCUGUUCCAUUCUCCUCUAGGCCCCGGAAUUGAUAUGUCAGUGAAAGCACACAAUGUACCUUCCGGUGAUUCAGUUCGGAUUCCUGGUGUGCGUGGAAGGUGGCACAGAAGCUCAUCAUCUACAAAGUCGUGCUUUGCUGGGUUAGAUCACUGCCUGUUGCUGGGAAGGCAACUGUGUGACGUCAUUGAAUCCUGGUUGCCAGCCCUUGUUGGAAAGUUUUAUUUUGGCUUGGAGGCCUGUGACGUUCCAUGACAAGAGUCACUGCUGGUGACCAGGUCUGAGCCUAUUCUCUGAUCAAAUGUACCAGAGGGAAAUUUCAGAAGCAGUCUUUGAUAGGUUCCUAAAAAUGGUAGGUCCUGCACCCCUAAGAUUUAAAAAGGAAAGAUGACAAACUGGAGGUGGAGUGGGAAGGUGUGAAGGAUGCCCAUCAUGUGGUGAGGAGUGUGCCCACAGCUCUGGGGAGGAAGAGCCACACUCUUCUUGGGCUGCGUCAGACACAGGCCAGCCUCUCGGGUGGAAUACGGGCGUUUGCUGCCAGAGUCAGGGGUACGACUGUGUACCAAGCUACUUAGUGUUCUCCCUUGAAUUCCAGGAGGGCAGCUGAUUAAUUAGAAUACCUUGAUUUGCUAAUGAGAAGUGUGGGCCAUAUUUUGUUUGCAUGUUGAUGUUCUCAUAAUUGCAGCUCGUUGUGGUCAUGAGGUAUCCUUUGCAUGUCCUCUUGGUACUAGAGUCUAGCUUUCCUGUGUUGGAUGGUAUUCUGAAAUUUGACUGUAGGUCCUUAGAAUUUCAUUAGGGUUGUAGCAGUGUUUUCACAAUGAUCGUGGCAGAGUACCCACUUCUUUGGGAACUGAAUGCGUAGAGUUAUUGCUUCUGGUAAGAGCCCUGUCCUAGUUCAAGCAGUUUUUAAAACGUGUGUGUUGGAAAGAAUAACAAAGUUUACAUUUCAUACUUUUAAGAAACACUUUAUUAUUUAUUUAUGAAGAUAGUGUAGAAUUUUGUAUCAGACAUAAGUAUUUUUUGAAACAAGCAGAUAAACCCUUUAGUUAGAAACUUUCAACUGAACAUGUUGUAGAGUAAGUUCAACUUCAGGCAUGCAUUUCUUUACCACUUCCCGGCAGAAAACAUGGUUAAAAUACUUUGUGUUUUUUGAUGUUGUUAAGAAACUCUCUUAAAUCUAUAAAUAGACAUGUAAUUCGUGUGUUCCUAUUUCUAUACCCAACAGAGUUUGUUCGUUGUGUUUAUGAGGGACAUGUUACCAUAGUAGGAAAAAAAAUGUAUUAAAUGUUAAGUGGGAUAGUGUUGGAUCACCAUUCCAAUCCCUUUCUUUCUGUUCUCCCUUUUCUUCCUUCAUUGACUUUAUUUUCGUAUUAAUGUUGGACAUCUCUGCUCCUGUAGGGAGUGUGUGGUAUGCACAAUGAUAAACCUCUUAAAAUCUUUUAGAUUCCAGGUCUCCUACUGGUAGAAUCCCAUUAUUGGAAUUAUGUAGCAUGAAAAAGCAAUAUGUGGUCUUUUUUUCCCACGUGACUCUAUGGCGCAUCCUUGAGAUGCUUCUCAGCCUAGCGAGUUCUGGAUGAGUGUCCUUGUAUUUUCUGGUGUGAUUUGUAAUGUGACCCAUGGUAUUAUGAAUGCGUUGGGCUGUCCCUCCAACCUGGCUGUGACUGAGAGUAGUGUUGGGGAGGCAGGAAUAUGGGUGAUGCAUGGAGCCUUGAGCCCUUGGCCCUCUAUUCCUUCACUUCUCUCUUUCUGCUGUCUGGGCUACAUUUCACAGAGAUGAAAUGCCCUGGGCAUGAAGGAGUCUGUCGCCUGGCUCUUUGCUUUCUAACUACAGGGUUUCUCUAGGCGUGCUUCCUGACAUCCCGAUACAGCCUUUUAGACACCGCUGCAAGUGUUCCUCUUCUCUGAGCCACACUGCUAGUUCCUCCUGUGCUGACAUCCUCUCACCCAGAAAGGAGCUUUCCUGGUUACAUGCUAUGCUCUGACCCUCAGAAAGCCCUGAGGAUUAUCCUGAGCACAGGAGAUCUUGGACCUUCUUCCUAGACCUGCUGUCUCACAGGGUCAUUCCACAUCCUGGUCCUUCUGGGUCAGGGCUGCCCUGGCUGAUAUUUUCUCUCCUGGCCUGUAAACAGAAUCCUCUCCUAGAAUCAGGACCAUGAGAGCCUAAAGACAUAUUGUGGUUCAUUCAGGUCCAGGUCUGACCUAAUGGGGAAGAGAGAACAUUCUAGGCUUGGGUUACCAGGAAUGCUCCAGAAUUGGGGCCAGUCUUCCCUGUUUCACUGCUUGCAUAACAUGUCUCUGUCCUCUGAUAGCAGAGGAGAAAGCUCUGCUCCCAAAGAACAUUAGUGGAAUAGGGGGCAUUUUUUUUUCUUUGCUUUUGAUCUAGAUCUAUGCAAAUACUCCAUUUCAUCUGGUUGGGUUGACUUGAACUUAAGUGAAAAAAAAAUUCCCAUCAAAAAAUGGUAAAUUGACCGCUUUACUAUGCCUUACCUUGGUGACCUGAUGCCAACACCCCAGGUGUCCUUGGGGGUGUGCCCUAGGAUCAGGGGGACUGGGGAAGGAUGAUAGAGGUCGACCUUUCAAGGCUGACCAUCUCUCCAGAAGCUGGCUGAGGCACACAGAGAGGAUGUUCUAGUCUUUGGGGACUGGAGAUCAAGAGAUAGAUGGAGAAGGUACUUCUGGUUGAAUUUGAAAGGUGGAGAUCCUAGAGUAUAUUUUAGACUUUUCUAGAACCUCAUAGGGGAGAAAAAAACUAUUUCUCCUCCAAGGAUUUUUUUUCCCCUAGUUUGUCAGGUCUUUUUGGUUCAUAGGAAGAAAAUUUGGGUGUAUAAAAACUAAGAAUUUCCACUGGAAACGAAGUGCAAUUUGAUUGACUUGAUUCACCUUUCCUUUCAGAUUUGAGAUCGCUUUGAGCUGACAGGGCACUUACACAUGGACACCUGGAAUACUUUUCAGAUAACGGGGUCCUUUCAGGCUUGUGGUCAGUGUGAGGUUAGCAGUUGGUCUGCUUAUUCCCAGGCGCUCGCCCUGUGAGUUGAGAGUGUCUUGUGCCAGAGUAAGGGGGUGAAGACAAACAGGACUUGAUGUCUUUGUUUUGCUUUUAGGUGAAAGAGCUUCAGCUCACACCAGCAGAGGCACUAUGGGUGGCUGAGGCACACAGAGAGGAUGUUCUAGUCUUUGGGGGCCGGAGAUCAAGGGAUAGAUGGAGGGAGAAGGUACUUUUGGUUGAAUUUGAAAGGUGGAGUGAAGCCCUCAGUGUGGUCCAGGCCACCCUAAGAAGCAUUUGGUAGAACUAAUGCCUCUUUUUUUGGCACCCUGGGGUGUUGGACUCCCUGACAGGGACUUUCCCUCACUGCUGGGGACAGCAGGUGUCAGAUGCCAAUAUUCAACUAGCCACUUAGUACUUUGUAAAUGGAUUUGGGAUGUUCAGUCUCCUCCUUUUCCCUGGCCCCGCAACAUCAGACUCUUGUGUUUCUCUGUGCUUCGGAUUCAUUUGCUUUAAGGAUACUCUGGAGAUGGCAUUUCUGAGAAGGCUGGCUCAGGGUUGGUUGGCCAGGCUCUUGUUCUGGGAUCAAUUGUAGGGACACAGACAGGCUGUGUGUACUGGUAGGUGCUUCCCCAGAACAGCCCUGAGCUCCCUGGACUAGUACAAGAGGGUCAGGCAUCCCAGCGAGUGACCCGAGACCUUCAUCUGUCAACCCAUCUCUGUCCUGUGCAUGAACACGUAGUUCUCUUGAGGGAGGGUCAGGGCUUGAAAAAUGAGGAUAUUUUCUCUUCUUUUCUUCCUACCCACCCUGUAAUUGCCUACCUGCUUUGGGCCCCCUUUCAGAGGAAGGCAGGCCUGUUCGCAAGAGUGAGGAAGCACUCACAGUAAAGCAGCAGGGGGAGAGGAAAAAGAGACUCCUCAGUCUCUUUUUCCAAAACAGGCUGUCAAGUAGUCCUGGGCCAUUGGCCUUCCAGGCUUAAAUGGGCCAUAUCAAGGCUGUCGGGGAUGCCAAGUGGCUCACCUGCUGAGACGGAGAAGUACUCCUUUAGGGAGCUCCAGUCAGGGGGCUUGUUUGCAACUCUUGACCCCGUGGUCCCUUUCUUUGAUGAAGAAGUGGCUCCACCUGUUCUUGUCACUGUGGCUUGUACCUCCAGUGCAGCAGUCCCUAGAACCAGGCCAGCUUGCUGGAGUGAUGAGUUCCCAUGAGCUCUUGAGUCUAUUUUGAAUGGUCCUACCAAUUAAUGUUGCCCUGUAAGGGGUUCAAAGGAAUAAUGAGGGCCUCUUAUGUAAGGUCUGAUUCAGAGGAAGCAACUGGCUGGUUGGCAGAAAGACUCACCCCCAGCUUCCUCUCCUGCAUAAGGCUCCUACUUUCCUACCUAGAAGACAGACAUUUAUUUGAGCUAGAGGAAAGGAAAGUUCCAGAACCCAUUUCUUCACCUUCCAUUGUAUUUGACCCAUGUGUCUAGGUCAUCCGAUUCUACUGACUUUAUAUCUGUAGGAGCCAGAAGGACUCCAUCCCUGACCAGGAAGUGUAACCGGGUGAAAGAUGGAACCCAGUUGAAAUACUCUCUGAUUCUGGAGCAUUAAAACCUGGGUGCCAACACACUGGACAGUCUUUUCUCUGGGUAGUCACCUCUUGGUGACAUGUGAAGCUAUAUGCAUUGUUCAUUCAGGGAGUCCCCCUCCUGGCCUGGGAGGGGGACUGGAGGCAGUGGGAAUUUCCUUCCUUCACAGCUGUCAAGCCUAAUUGUAGAUCUGAUUUUAAGUCAUUUAAAUUACACCCAGUGCUUAUAAAAACUCACCUCCAAAUUAUGACUUCCGUUUCUUGCAGAAUCAAUCAGUUCCAUUAAAGGGAACCUCUACUCUGGUCUUGGAAGCCAGACGGCAGUCACAUAAUCAUUUUUCAACUAUGUGUGUUGUCAUAUAUAUCAGGGCAAAUCUGCCCCUACUGUGGUGUUUUGUGAGCCUCUGUUUUCAUGGGAUUCUGUUCUGUUUUCUAUACCAUCAUAUACUAUCAUCUGAUGAGUGUAUUUAAUAUUCAAAGCCCACCAAGUAAAAGCGUGUUCAGAAGUGGGCUGAAAAAGGCCAGCAUCCCUCUAUUUCAUGAGAACUUUUUAAUGCAGUGGAAGGAAUGCCUGUUUUCUUCUUCUGGAACUCUGCUUUUAUACUUCUGACAUUUAUAAGAGUAACCUUGCUUCUGUUCUUUUGCCUCUUAAAUCUCUUCUUUCCUCCUGUUUCAGUUUGGAAACGGAGCUGGAGCCUUGGGCAGAUAGGAUCCCAAGAGAGGGUGGUGGCUUAGCAACGUCUGGUUGAGUGGCAGCAGCUGUCUUCUGUCCACUGUCCCUGCUGGGGGGUGAAGGGGGUCUGUGUGUGCUGGACACUCGCUGGUCCCACUGGUGGGUCCCAAGGUACUGGCGCCACCUGCUGCAGGUCCAGGGCAUUGCUCUUGUGUAAAUUGCAGAAGGAAACCUAGGGAGACCUUGCUCUUCGUGGUCAGAGAUCCUUAGCCCUCCUGCCUUUCUGCAUCUGCUUCAGUGGGGGUCUAUGGGACUCAUCCCUUUAAAGACCUAAGUCAGACGUGUCCCCACUAUCGGGAGGGCUUUGGGCAGGCCUCUGGAGGCGGCCUCAUUCCUGAAGUUAGGUUUGCUUUACUUGGAGUCUCUACUUGCAGACUUUGACUUCUGGAAUUUUCAAUGGCAUGAAGUAGUGGGGUACAGUGGCUUGUUGUGGUCUGUGCUUAUGUUUAUAUGUUUGGGGGUGCUUGUGUGUGCAUGUGUGUUUGUGUGUGUGUGUGUGUGUGUGUGUGUGUGUGUGUGAUGCACCAGGAGGUGGGAAUGGAUGUGUGGACUGAAGAGGGGCCAGGACACGUGCUCUUCCACCCUUUUUCUAGGCGCGUUGACAACCAGCUCAGAAUCUGUGGGCCCAGCCCGCUCAUUCCCCAUGAUGAAGAACUUCAAGAUGGCGCCAGCAGAGCAUUAGGCUCUCUGCGUGCAGGGCCCUUGGUGUCUCCGGCUGCUCACUAUGAUACGAGCGCUAGCCAUGCUGUAUUUUCAGUUGGUUCUUAAGCAGGGGACUUCAUCUUGUGUCUUUUUUCUGUGGAAGGUCCCCCUGGCAGGCUUCAUAGAGCUGGGUUGAUGUAUUCGUCAUCAUAUCUGCGUCUAGUUUCUAAAAGCACAAAUGGCCUGGACUAAUUUGGAGAUAGAAAACCCAAGCCCCAAAGCAUCCCAGAGCCAGGGAGGGAGUGUCACUCAGGGUGACAGGAGCUGGUCUGUGGUCUCCCAGUCCAGGGCAUGCCAUCAGAUGCCAAGAGGCCUUUGAGCUUCUACCAUCAAACUCACUACUUUGAAAUGAGACUCUUCCUCUGGGGGUUAGUCACCCACCAGGGCAUUUCUUCCAAUUCCUGGUGGACAGUGAGGCUUUCCCAAGCCUCGCUUAUCCUUUCUCACUUAUCCUUUCUGUUUUCAAGGAUAAGUGAGAAAGGUCCUAGAGGACUCAGUGACCCUUCCUCAGUGGCUGGACACUUGUUCUAAUGGGAGCCUCAGCUGAGGGCUUCUGAGAGGCAGCAGCCUCCCAGCUAGAUCCCCUGCAUAGGAUUCCCUGUGGAGAGGUGAUCUGACUUUUAGGUAGGUUGGUGCUUGCAGAGAGGAGAGGCCCUGUUGUGUGAGUAGCCUGGAGACCUAGAAGACCAUGGUCCCAGGGAGGUCUGAUGACCAUGGAGCUGGUCUUCCUGGCUGGUAUGUGGAUUUCCUUCACAAGCUUUUGCUUUCACUGGGCCGGAUGCUCCAACUUCUGCUCUUCUUGCUUUUUGCAAAUGGAGUCCCAUUUCUACCCACGUAGAGCAAUAAUUCUUAUUGUGUCAAACAAAUUGCAAACCUAGCUCAUGUGGAGUAAGUCACCUUGAAUGAAAUAACACACUACAGUUUUGUUUCCACAUUUCAUACAGUCUUCCAAACUACGGAAGGUCCAGAAAGGUUCUCUAGAGGCAUUGAAUUAAUAUGGUGUCAGCGUCAAUUUUAACGAAUGAAUAUUUUGAGAUAUAUUUUAUAAUCAACAUCUUUAAUAUGUUAUCUGCUAAAUAGUCACUGUGUCAGAAAGUAGAUAUUUUAGAAAGAUCUUAACGAUGUUUAGUUUUAGAUGUGCAUUUAAAGCGUAUAUUUCCAGUAACCCAAGUAUUAGUCUCAGACUUUGUUGGCUGUGGUACCCCCAGCUGGAGUCUGUGCACCCCCUGCCCCUCAUAGCUCUGCAUAUGAGGAACUGACUACCAUUUCACCCCUGUGCACUGCCUUAGCUCCAACAGCUUUGUACCCUCACAAACAUAGGUGGCACACAUAUGUGUAAAUACAUGUAUACAAAUGAGAGACCACUACACAAUGUCCUAUGUAUGAUAAUCAGCUCAUGGUUUCUGGUUUUCUGCAUUUUGUGCUGUUUAUAGCUAAGAAAAAAAAAUGCAGAAUUCUCCAUAAUGUGAAAAAGGUCAUGCUCUUUAGAAGGUUAGUUGUGAACUCUCUGCUGUACGUUUAUGGGAAUGACCGUGACUAAAUGUAUAUACUGUGUGUAAGACUCUGCUGUUACAUGUUGCAUAAACUAACACAGAUUGUGUCAUCUAAAAUAUUCAACCUGUUAUUGUAAAAUGUGAUUUGUCAUUGAGAGAUUAUUUUUCUGUAUGUAUAUGAGAGUAUUUUAGGAAUCUAAUUUAAGUGCAUAAAACUAUAGGAAAAAAGUAAAACUAUUCCAGGAGUAGAAAAUGCUUCAUCAGAUUACUUGGGUUCAACCCAACUAAAUUUCUUAUAUUUAAAAAAAAUCCAAGUUGUAUAUGUUUAGGAAUUCAAAGGAGUGGGAUUUUUCCUGCAGAGAAUGUGAUGAAUUUCAAUGAAAUUGGGUGUGAUAGAAUGAAGUGUCCUGUAACCAUGACCUUGGAUGAGGUCGGUGUCCAUGUGGCAUUAGAAUGAAUUCAUACAGACGGUGUACUCUGGAGGGUGGGUAUGUCUUCCACCAGGUCUCAUGCCACAGAAGCUUCCUUGAGUUCUAGUGAGGGUCAGGAAUCUGGGGUGACCCAGCCAUCCCCUCAGAGAGGUCAGGAGCAUUCGGGGAGGCCACUUCUUGGCUUUCUGGUCACCCUUCCCACUUCUCUCUCUGGGUGGAUUCAGACACCUCUUUAGUGUUUGCAUUUUCCUUGAGAUGUCCUGGUGCGGCCUCACCCUCUCUAGCCUGCCCCAUGGGUGGGAGGUGAAGUUGAGGGCUCUGGGCUGAGCUGUUUGUGGACAGGCAGUGUCCUUGAUGAGGCCUUGGGGGCAAGAGGCCUUCCUCUCCUUCCCUACACCUUUCCCAGAAAAGUACCAAGAAUCCACGCUGCUUCUGGGGCACAGGUCUGUGCUUAUUUACAUGACCACCAGAAACGUCCUGUGCGGGUGACACAGGCAGGGUUCGUCUAAACCUGAAGAGAAGCAUGCAAAAGUGGCUUCACGAGGUGGUGGCCCCAGAAAUGCUUCCUUGAUGGGUUUUUGGUGACUGGGGCAUUGAGUUGUCAUCACUGUGUGUGGAAAGCUCGGGGCCCCUGGAUUGAAAGGAUAAAGGUAUGCGCCUUAGGUUUUUAGCAUUUCUUUCAAUUAGGUGUGUGCCUCUUAAUGUUGCUAAGCAACCAUCAGAGUCUCCUGUUGGUGGCCUGACGUGGAACAUGUGAGUCUAAGCGGACUUUAGGGUUGUGGAAACCUGGGAUUUCGGAAACCUAACUGGAAUCUGUUGAGGCAUAUGAAUCACCUACAAAUCACCUUAAGAAACUGUCCAUGUGACUGUAACAGCCUUUGAUCCCAAAGGUGGAGCUGUUUAGCGAUCUCUUUGUGAGUGCAGCCCAGGAAGGCCAUGUCAGGCCAGGAUGCAGAAGGCAAGGUCUGACCCCCUUGCCCAGAAAUGGCCCUGGUGCUCCUCCCCCAGCACGAAGCCCUCUUGGCUGGGGCGCCAGUAGUAUGGGGAGAGUCAGCCAGUCAGCUGCUACCUGGACCUGGUUGAUCUAAAAAAGAGUCUGCAGACCAGAAAAGCCAGAACGUGGGCCCUUCCCAGUGGGGCUGCACGAGCCCUCAGUUAGCCUUUGCCUGUGCAGAAGAAUGUAAUCGAGCGUAACAGGAGUGCUGUGUCCCAGUGACUAGUGGCCACAGUGCCAGUGGCGUGUUGCUCCCCUCAUGCCCUGCCCAGGGGUAGGGCUAGGCCACCCCCUUGGAGGAUGUCCUGUUGAUUGUAAUAUACUUCUGUUGCCAAAUAAUGGUACUAUUUAAUUUUCUGUAAAAGGGAGACUAUAUUGUCUGUUAUGUAAUGUUUGUGGAGUUCUAAAAACUACUAGACACUACUGUAAAUUGUAGACCUACGUAUUUGUCUAAGGUUUGAUAAAGCAGGGCCAAAACAUUAGGUUUCUCUUUUUGUUCAUUUAAAAGAAAUUGGGGUUGUUUUGCUGUUUGAGUGUUUCUUUGGCACCUUAUUUUGUGUGAAAUGUUAAAUUUUACCAAUUCAGAUUAUGGUAACUGAGGGGUUUUUUGUUAUUGUUUUGUUUUUGUUUUUUCUUUAAACCAGUAACAACAUCAAUACAAAUUACUAUUCCCGUGCAUCUUGAACCUAGAAAGAACAAUCUCUUCAAAACAAUUCUUUGGUCAUUUUGACCCUUAUGGUUUAAAUUCACAUAGUUCAUGAAUAAAAUGAGAAAAGCAACCUU